UAUUACAAAACUAUGCUCAAUACGGAGACACUUCCUUUGUAACGAAGAAAUAUUGCCUCCGCCACCGAUAGCGCCCUUUCUCUACGGCAGCUACCGGCGUCAGUGCGAUUGUUCUUUCCGUUUCAAUUUGAUGCCAAGAACCUUCUGAAAUCUUAAACUACCUCCUGAACCCUUCCUCUCGCUCUUUCGGUCGGUAAUUUUCUCGAGCAACUUCACCACGCCAUUGCCCUCACAUUUCAUUCUCUCAGAGAAACAAAUACCAUGUUACGGAGGUCGGUUUUGGAAAUCUCAUCGCUCCGAGCACUUAGAAGGAUCCCGAGGCAGAUUACUACUCAGAUACCUACACAUUCUUCAAGAAAGGAAUUCUCAACCAGACAUCCACAAAAUGCAUCCUCACAACCUGGUUCUGCGGGCAGGCCACAUGACUCUGGCUUUUUACCAAAGUUGAUUGUUGGAAGUGUUGCAAUUGGUGCUGCAUUCUUUGCAGCUUAUCAAACUGGCUAUCUAGAUCAAUUUCUGAAUAAAGAGCAGCAUUCUUCAUUCAAGGAAGCUAAGGUUCAUAUUGAGAAUAGAGAUCCAAAGGAUAUCCAACAUUCAGUGGAGAGAUUAAUUUCUAGUGGUAGUAAAGAGCCUAAUAAACUUGAAAGCCAGCAUCCAGGAGAGCAAUUAGUUUCACAUGAAAGUGAAGAGGCUAACAAGUUUAGUCCCACUGCUGAGCAUGGCAAUCCAAAGGUCGAAGAUCUGAAAAACCACUCUCAGGUGCAAGAUAAAUCUGACAUUAUACCUGGCGAAGAUCUUAUUCCCAUCCAAGAGAAAGACUCGCUGAAACACUCUCAAAUAAGUGUGGAGUCUAAUGAGCAAAGUGCAGAUUCUGGAAUCUCAUCUGAAGGGAGUCCUGACAUAGAAAGCACAGAGGAAGAUACUGGUAAGACUCAGGAUGGAAUUGAUACAGCACCUGCGGCUACCCAGGUUGGUGCAGUCUUAGAAGAAAGUGAUAUGAAAACUUUGCCACCCGAGCAUCUUAACACUGAAAAUAGACCAGAGGAUGUAUCUGGUAAUGAUUUAAAAUCAUCAGGUUCACUCCUUGAGGCAUAUAGUUUAAGGGAUCAAACUGAUCACAGCGCUGCAACUUCUUUAAAAAGUCAGGGAAAUAACGAAAGCAAUACAGUAAAUGAGGCUCUAAUUAGUGCGGCUGGGGAGUUGAGUGAUGCUUACAUAUCCAAAGAUGGAAAGUUGGUGCUUGAUUUCUUAGAAUCCAUUCAUGCUGCUGAAGAAAGGCAAGCUGAGUUAGAUGCUCGUGUUUUUGCAGAAGAAAAGAGAGUGUUGAAGGAGAAGUAUGAAAGGAAUUUAAAGGAUGCAUCAGCUAGGGAACUCAUGCGAGCAGAGGAGGCUGCAAUGUUGGAUAAGGAAUUAAAGAGAGAAAAAUCAAAAGCAGCUCAUGCUCUCAAGUCACUUCAGGAAAAAUUGGAAGAGAAACUCAAGAUGGAACUUGAACAGAAGGAAAAUGAGGCAGAAUUAAAGUUAAAUAAACUUCAGGAGUUUGCAAAAGCAGAAUUGGCCGCAGCAAUCGCAAGUGAGAAGGCUGCCCAGAUUGAGAAAAUGGCAGAAGCAAAUCUUCAUAUAAAUGCCUUGUGCAUGGCAUUCUAUGCACGAUCCGAAGAAGCUCGUCAGAGUCACUUUGCCCACAAGCUUGCUUUGGGAGCAGUUGCACUAGAAGAUGCACUUUCAAAAGGACUACCAAUUCAGACAGAAAUAGAUGCUUUGCGCUCAUAUCUUGAUAGCAGUGGUAAAGACUCUGUUUUAGAUUUGGUCUUGUACUCUCUUCCCGAAGAAACACUUAAAAAUGGUGCUGAUACUCCAUUGCAAUUGAAUCAUAAGUUUGAUGCCUUGAAAGGGACGCUACGGCACUUCAGCCUGAUCCCACCUGGAGGUGGCGGCAUCUUGGCACAUUCUUUGGCACAUGUUGCAUCCUUGUUAAAGGUCAAGGAAGUUGAUCAGUCGGGUGAUGGAAUUGAAUCUGUCAUCAAUAGAGUUGAGAACUAUAUGCGGGAAGGAAAACUUGCCGAAGCAGCAGAUGCUCUUGAAGAAGGUGUUAGAGACACCCAAGCUGCAGAAAUAGUCGGUGAUUGGGUGAGGCAAGUGAGGAACAGGGCUAUUACAGAGCAAGCUCUGAUUCUGCUUCAAUCUUAUGCUACUGCCAUUAGCCUUAGUUAGCAAAUGAAUUUGAACGUCUUCUGAUUCUUUGAUCUAUUAGUUGAGUUUGCAAAAUGGUCUGGUUUUUCAGACCACUACCCAGAACAAGACAACCUUUCCUCCUCCGAGGCUUGAGCAGCCCAAGUUUAUGGCGGUUUUUGUAUGUAAUUGCAAUGUACUCGUGACCUCGUGUUGGAUUAUCAACGACCUCACCUCUAAAUAAAAUUUUGUUUUAAUGC